UACUUCAUACAUAGCCAAAGCCAACUAGGAUCUCUCAACAGCACAUUAGCAGAUUAGCUGAUUAUACUUGUUGUCCUUUCCCCCCCGCCGGCCGGUUCAUUAGCUAGCAAUGGAGUACUCCAAAGCCCUAGCGUCACUGUUCACCAUGCUGGUGCUGGCACCGCUCCUCGUCGUCAAGGCCACCGACCCAGAUCCUCUGCAGGACUUCUGCGUCGCUGACCUCAGCGGCAAGCUCUCAGUGAACGGCUUCCCCUGCCAGCCGACCUCGUCGGCCGGCGACGAGUUCCUCUUCUCGACCAAGAUCGCCACGGGGGGCGACCCCUUGGCCAACCCGAACGGCUCCAACGUGACGGAGCUGGACGUCUCCGAGUGGCCCGGCGUCAACACGCUGGGCGUGUCCAUGAACCGCGUCGACUUCGCCCCCGGCGGCACCAACCCGCCGCACGUCCACCCGCGCGCCACCGAGGUCGGGCUCGUCACCCGCGGCGAGCUCCUCGUGGGCAUCAUCGGCAGCCUCGACUCCGGGAACCGGUACUACUCCAAGGUGGUCCGCGCCGGGGAGACGUUCGUGAUCCCGCGCGGGCUCAUGCACUUCCAGUUCAACGUCGGCAAGGAGGACGCCGCCAUGGUCGUGUCGUUCAACAGCCAGAACCCGGGGAUCAUCUUCGUGCCGCUGACGCUGUUCGGGUCCUCGCCGCCGAUCCCGACGCCCGUGCUCUCCAAGGCCCUCCGGGUGGACGCCAGUGUCGUCGAUCUCCUCAAGUCCAAGUUCGCCGGUGGGUACUGAGAUCGAGCCAGCAUCUAGCUAGCGCACUGCUGUGCACCGACAAUGGCUAUGCGUUGGCGGAUUUUGGUUUCUCGUUACGAAAUGCAUGGGUGAUGAGGGCGUGACAAUCAGCAACAAUUUGAUACGCCAGGGAAAUCAUAUAUAAUAUGUCGAUGUGUCAGAGCACGUAUUAUAUAUAAUAAGCUAUGGUUAAGAUUCAGUCGUAAAAAGAUGUAAUCAGUAAAGAUUAUUAUUGCCUCGAUGUUCACUGCCUACUCGGGGUUAAAAUGUAUUUCUCAUUUUCCAUGUAAUAAUAAAUAAGAAACUAUAUUGUGUUAUUUUUCAGUGUGUUCCAAUAAAAAUUAAGAAAAUACAUAUAUUGGGUUAAG